GGAAAGUCAAAGCUGUUCGAGUGCUGUCAUUGGAUGGAUAAGACAUGACCUGCGCAAGCGGGUGAGACGGCAUGGCAGUCUAGAUUUGACGUCUUCGCAAGGAACGCUUGGGUGGUGUUUUAGCAUCCAGCCCUGCGACAUUCUUUUCAUUACCACCAGGGGCGCCCAUCUACCUCCCAUAGUUAUCUUGUUGCCCUCGAUUUCAAGAGAAAGGUUGAACAAAAGAAAAGAAGAAGAUACACAAGCACACUCACUCUCACGUCCACCCCAAAUCAGCCAUGACAGCUUCACCAAAGACUCCUUCGGCCUUGGAAGAAGGCAUUGCACUCUAUACUCCCUUUCUUCUCCGCUACUUCUACGAUUUCUGGGUUCUAUGGGUUUCCAACAACUUUGCAUGGAAAUGCCCAACCUCAACCGUUCAACUCCCAUUGUUUAAUGCCGCCAUGGGCCAGAGCCACCUAGACAUUGGCGUCGGCACGGGUUAUUAUCCAGCAAAGAGCCUAAAGGCCGGUGCCAAAUGCACUGAGGUCACCCUCCUAGACCUCAGUCCCAACUCGCUCCAGGCUGCCGAGCAGCGUAUCUUGGAGACGGUAGGCCGUGAGGCGGUUCGUGUGAAUACCGUCGUGGCCUCGGCCCUGGAGCCACUGCCCUUCGACAAAACCAAGAAAUUCAACUCGAUUAGUGUCUUCUUCCUGUUGCAUUGCAUUCCGGGAACACCUGAAGAAAAGUGCAAGUUGUUUGACGUGGUGCGGCCGCAUCUGGCGGAGGACGGCGUUCUUGUGGGGACGACGGUCCUUGGUCAGGGUGUACCAAUCAACUGGCUGGGGCAGAAGAUGAUGAACAGCUAUAACAACAACACAAAGUCUUUCCAUAAUUCGGAGGACAACAAGGCUCAGUUUGAUGAGGGACUUCGUCGGAACUUUGAGGAGGUGGAGUCGUGGGUUAUGGGUCAGGUCAUGCUCUUCAAGGCUAGGAAGCCAAGACAACAGCAUGAUGUUUCCAAUGUAGUUCCGAAAGGGAACUUGGAUUGAUGCGGACCAUCAUGAAGCUGUCCAGUUAGGUAGUUUCUUG